AUGGGCUCCGUCUGGUCUCGCCCGACGCCUAGCGCUGCAGCCGUGCCAGCUCAGCAGCAGCAGCAGCAGCAGCGCUUCCGCGUCAGGAAAGUCGCCAUCAUCGGCGCGGGCCCGGCGGGCUUGGCCGCGGCCAGGUACCUCAGAGCCCAAGGCGCCGUCGACUCCAUCACCGUCUUCGAGCAGCAGCGCGAGGUCGGCGGCGUCUGGCUCUACAGCGGCCUCGCGCCCAAGGAGGUGCCCGUGCCGCAGCAGGAUCCCUUCUGGGGCCCCGAGCCGGCGAUAUGGCCUGACGGGGCGGACGCUCCGGUGUUUCCUUCGCCCAUGUAUGAGAGGCUGCAUGCGAACAUCCCGGGGUCGCUGAUGAGGUUCCACGACAGAGAGUUUCCCAGCGAUGCGUGGGCGUUCCCUAGGAGGGAGGAGAUACAGGAGUAUCUGGUCCGGUAUGCUGAGGAUCUGAGGCAUCUCGUCAAGUUCUGCCACGAGGUGACGCGGGUACAGUUGGAGACCCGGGAUGGCAGGGAUCAGUGGCAUGUGGAAGCAAAGUCGACGCUGAACGACGACGAGGUCGUCCGCGAGACGUAUGAUGCCGUUGUCGUUGCAAACGGGCAUUAUUCAGUGCCUUACAUACCGGCCAUCGCAAACAUACAAGAGUUCAAUAAAGCACACCCCUCCAUCAUCACUCAUUCAAAGCAGUACCGGAGAAACGACGGCUUCAGGGACAAGAAAGUCGUCGUCGUCGGCAAUGGACCCUCCGGCCUUGACGUCGCAUAUCAAAUCAACCAAGUCGCCGGCAAGACGCUCCUUUCCGUAAGACACGCAACGUCCCCCGACAAACUCUCCCACAUCGGAUGCGAAGAGGUCCCCGAGAUAGUCGACUUUCUGCCGGACCAGCAAGGCGUUUGCUUCAUAGACGGAAGCGUAGAGAGGGAUAUAGACCACAUCGUUUUCUGCACAGGGUUCCUGUUUGGCUAUCCUUUCCUCCAGGAGCUCAACCACAAGAUCAUCACCUCUGGGCGCGGCGUUCACGGAUUGUAUCAGCACCUGUUUCUCAUCGAGCACCCGACGCUCGUCUUCCCUGCGCUCAACAUGAAGUCCGUUCCGUGGCAUUUGGCGGAAUCGCAAGCUGCGCUUUUCUCGGCCGUAUGGGCCAACGAUCUGGAGCUGCCCUCGGACGAUGAAAUGUGGCGUUGGAGUAGAGAGUUGGAAAAGAGGCAAGGCGAGGCCUUGCACGUGUAUCCGGCGGUGGGAGAUGACGGAAAGCAUAUAAACGAGCUGUAUGACUGGGUGAAGACGGCGAAGCGUGUCGGCAAGGAGCCGCCUCGAUGGGAUGGCGAGCUCUUUUGGGAACGCUCCAUCUGCUUUGAGGCCAAGAUCAAGUUUGAGGACGACGGAUGCAGAGCCAAGACGCUGGACGAGCUUGGCUUCCACUAUGAGCCUGACAAGGAGACAUUGGCUGCAUGA